AUGAAAAUUUUCAUAUUUCAAACGAAUGAUCAAGUGAACAAGAAUGUUGCUAAAUAUGGGAUCGUUGAUGCUCAAAGAAGUGAAUAUCUUGAAUUAAAUAUGUAUCAUGAAAUUGAUUUUCUUUUGUUAGCUAUGGAGAUUGCAAGAAAUGAAAUUCAAUUGAAAAUCAUUCAUCAGAUAUUCAAAGAACAAAUCUGA